UCUGUAUGAUCAGACGAAACCGGUCGGAGAAAAUAAAGCAAGUUGACAAGAUCUGUUGCUGAAGUGCUGCUCACUAGUAUUAUUUUAAAAAUAAAAAAUAAAAAAUAAAAAAUAAAAAAAAAAUUAAAAAAAUAGGUGUAAUGGUAGAAAAAGACAAUGGCUUUGUUGUGGUACAAAAUGAAAAAUGAUCAAAAUGAGAUUCUAGCUCCAGAUAUAGAGUUGUGAGUAAUAUUAUAAUAGUUGUUUAAUGUCAAGCAAUGACAGAACAUGCAGAAAAGGUUUGGCUAUAUUACCUAACAACAAGCUUGGUAUGGCUUCAUUCCAAAUGAUCACAAAAAAAUUAAAGUAUGGAGAGAAAGGAAGUACCUCGUCUAAGUAAAAAAAAUAAAUAGUUUUAGGAUGUGUUAUGAAUCCACAGGAGAGAAUAUACCACCACACCCUGUAUAAUUUGCUCUGUUUUUUUUUUUAAAAAAAAAAAAAACAAGCAAUAGGAAGAUGUAAUAAAGCAAGUAUACAUUACUAAAGAAGCCUUCUUUGCCUCUACAGACACUUUUGAGUCUUAGUAAGUUGGCUCUUUUAGCAUCAGAUGAAAACAAUGGAGCAGAACUGGAAGAAAUAGUAAACGAGCGUGAUUUGUUACUUCAUCAAGAAACUCUACCAUCUGCAGUUAUACAGCAAGCUGGUUUAGAUUUGGAUUCCAUGCCUCCUCUGACACCUACAGAAUUGAUUGAGUUGCAUAUUGGAGAUCAAAAUUUAGGAGCGAAUGAAUAUGAUUUCAAAAAAGCCCUGGAUAUCCUUCAUCUUGCUCUAUUGACUGGCCAUUAUGAUUUCGAUCAAGCUGCGGCCAUUAAGCUUCACAUCUGGUGCAAAGCUCUACUAAGAGAUGACUGGUCAUCACUCUCAGUGAAAGAGCCUCUGUUGACUGCUAAGAAUACAGUUUUUUUCAAGAUUGUUGAACUAGCUUACACACAAGGUAUUGAGCUUAGAGAGUUUAUUCCUUCCCUGGAAUCCCUAUUUGAAGCGGAAGAACUGACAAAUGUCGGUCUGGCUGAAAAUCCUCAGUUCCGGUUUCUUCUGAAAUCAGGAUAUGAGCAGAUCGCGAGAGCCUCUAGUCUCACCAGUUAAAGCUAGGAUCACGUGUGUCAUCAUUUGACCCUGUUUCCAGUUUGACUUAUGGUCCCUCCCAAGUCCCAACCAUGUAAAAUUAAACCGAUAGCCACUUGCUAUAAAACAAGUGAAAUUUUUCAAAGCCUGCCUGUGCGUGAAAUGUAACUGGGAUCCUUUUAUUAUAUAUUAAGCUUGUUACACCAUUGCAAUUUAACCGUGUUAUUAAACGAUGACGUAAAUCAUG